UUUUACUCGACGAUUUCAUUACCAUUAUUCUCAUUCCGCAGUUUGUUGAAUCGUGUCGUUGUGUUGGGUUAUGUGAAAACAGUAUUGUAGACUUAAGUCUCAGUCAUUUCAUUCCUGUAAUCAUAAAGUAUUCGUUAUUCUUAAUUUUUUAUUUCAGUAAACAUGGUGCUAACUAAAGGAAUUUUUAUCGUCGCUGCUAAACGUACGCCUUUUGGUACCUAUGGAGGUAAAUUUGUCAAAACUUCGGUCGCCGAUUUAGGCGAAGUAGCUGCUAAAGCUGCUUUGGCUGCUGGAAACGUUAAUCCUGAAAUAAUCGAUCAUGUAAUUUAUGGAAAUGUACUAUCGGGCACCUCUCCGGACGGAGCAUUCCUAACCAGACACGUAGCAUUACGAGCUGGAGUACCAAUCGAAAAGCCUGCUUAUGGUAUUAAUCGUUUAUGCGGUUCUGGAUUCCAGUCAAUCGUUAAUGGAUCUCAGAGUAUAUUAGUCGGCGAAUCCAAAGUAGUGUUGACUGGAGGAGCUGAUAACAUGAGCCAGGCACCUUAUGUCGUUCGUAAUGUUCGUUUCGGUGCCCCUCUUGGAGCUAAUAUCGAAUUCGAAGACUCCUUAUGGACCGGUUUAGUCGACUCGUAUUGUAAAUUACCGAUGGCCUUGACUGCUGAAAAACUCGGCGCUCAGUUCAGCAUUAGUCGCGAAGAAGUUGAUAAAUUCGCUUUACGAUCGCAGCAGCUGUGGAAGAAAGCUGCCGAUAGUGGAGUUUUCGAUCAAGAAAUAGCCCCCGUCAAGAUUACAGUUAGAAGAAAGGAAGAAGAAAUAAAAUUAGAUGAACAUCCCAGACCUCAAACUACCAUCGAAGGACUCAACAAAUUACCGUCGAUUUUCCAGAAAAAUGGUCUCGUAACUGCUGGCACUGCUUCGGGUAUUUGCGACGGAGCUGGAGCUGUGAUCGUAGCCAGUGAAGAAGCUGUCAAAGAAUAUAAACUGACCCCCUUGGCAAGAUUAGUUGGCUACACCGUGGUCGGUGUUGAUCCAACGAUUAUGGGUAUCGGACCUUCUCCAGCCAUCAAACAAUUACUUAAAGAAAGUGGAAAAUCUUUAGACGAUAUUGAUAUCGUUGAAAUCAACGAAGCAUUCGCUGCCCAAACAUUAGCCUGCGCUAAAGACUUAAACUUGGAUAUCAAUAAAUUAAAUCUGAACGGUGGAGCUAUCGCUCUUGGACACCCGUUAGGUGCAUCCGGAUCUCGUAUCACUGCCCAUAUAGUUCACGAAUUAAGGAGAACAAAUAAAAAACUGGGAAUUGGAUCGGCUUGUAUCGGAGGAGGACAAGGUAUCGCCCUUCUGUUGGAGAAAUGUUAAGCGUAUGUGUUCAUAUCGACGAGAUAAUCGAGAAGACUGAAAAUAUAUAAUUUCUCUCCCUCCUUUGAAUCCCUUACUUUCCAGAUGGGAAUCGUUGAACGAGAAUCCCAUAUCAUUGUUAAUUAUUUUUCAUUGUAUUAUAAUUUAUAAAUACCUAGGCGAAUUAAAGGUUAUCGUAUCUUU